UCUCUCUCUCUCUCUCUCUCUCUCUCUCUCGCUAUUUAAAGCUAAGGUGGCGGCUUCUUUGUCUUCACUACACAUCUGCAAACAAACAAAAAAACCUAAAAAUGGGCAGAAGUAGUAGCUGCUCUUCAUCAUCUACUGUAAGUAGUAACUUCCGUUCACAGCAGAGGAGAGAUCUAAGCACAGAUCUUAGGCUUGGACUUAGCAUUAAUUCGGCCUCUCACCAAGACAACACCACGUCUUCACUCAGAGAGCAAGAAUUGGAAGAUUGUCCUGAUAUGGGAAAGAUGGGAGUUGUGGAAGAAGAGAAUGAUGAUGAGUGUAGUAGUGCUACAUUCUUUGUUAAGGUUUACAUGGAAGGAAUUCCAAUUGGGAGAAAGCUGGACUUGUUAGCUCAUGAUUGUUACCAAGACUUGAUAAGAACUCUUGACCUCAUGUUCAAUACCACCAUUAUCUGGGCAGAGGUGGAUUGUGGGUAUAAUUUGGAGCAAUGUCAUGUGUUGACAUAUGAAGACAAAGAAGGAGACUGGUUGAUGGUUGGGGAUGUUCCUUGGGAGAUGUUCUUGUCUGCUGUUAGGAGAUUAAAGAUCACAAGGGUGGAAAUAUAACUGCUGAUUUUGGUUACAUCCUUCCUGCAAGGGUUUUGUUACAAAUCUUUGUUCAUGUGUACAUUUUGUAUACCAAGAGAUGCAAGCAAUAGCUAGCUAGCAAGCUUAAAGCUUUUAUUUGGGAUGAUUUUGAGUGGAGACUGAACAUAAGACUCAACAUAUUGUAUUAGCUUUGAUAAUAUCAUCAUCAUGUGUGCAUGGGAUUUUCGAUGAUAUUUUCAUAAA